UAUUGUCAGCAAGUUGAUGAGCGAAUGUUCACCCAACUUAAGCAUUUAUAUUUAAUGUUCAAAAGACUUAAGGAAAGUACAAAUGAAAUUAAAGCCAGACUAGGUUGCCUGGAAAGGCAUCAAGAAGAACAAGAGAAUGAUCUCUCUGUGCAAGUAAUAGAU